AUGUUGCGAAUCUUUUGUCGCCGUCUAGGCUCCAUCAGCGCGUUUGACUCUGUCAUCUUUCGCAACUUGUUUGGCACACAAGAGAUUCGCAAUAUCUUUAGUGACGAGGCAUACAUCCGACGAUGUGUUGAUGUCGAGACGGCCCUCGCGCGGGCACAGGCUCAUUGCCGUGUCAUCCCCGCCGACGCCGGCGACCAGAUCACAUCAAAUGCUGAUGUCUCGGCCCUCGACCUCGACCGUCUUCGUAACGAGACUGAUAUCGUCGGAUACCCAAUCUUGCCCUUGGUGCGCCAGCUCAGCGCCAUGUGUGGCCCUGCGGGCAAGUACGUCCACUGGGGUGCCACGACGCAGGAUAUCAUGGACACGGCUAGUGUCUUGCAGGUCAAAGCUGGGCUUGAAGUUGUCGAUACAAAACUGUCUGGAGUCAUUGCUGCCCUGGAGCGUCUUGCCGUUACACACCGUGAUACCCCCAUGGCUGGGCGCACUCAUCUGCAACAUGCUCUACCCGUCACCUUUGGAUACAAGUGCGCAGUGUGGCUCUCUGGACUGUAUCGCCACAGGGAGCGGCUGCAGCAGCUGAGACCUAGGGCUCUGAUGGUGCAGUACGGAGGUGCUGCUGGGACGCUUGCCUCUCUGGGGCCGGGUGAGGAUGGUAUCAAUAUUCGCAAGCAGCUUGCUUCCGAGCUGGGGUUAGCAGACCCUCCCAUCACAUGGCAUGUAGCUCGUGAUGGUAUUGCCGAGGCAAUCAACCUGCUGGCCCUCAUUGGGGGCUCGCUCGGAAAGAUAGCGCUGGACCUCAUCAUCAUGUCUUCCAACGAGCUUGGAGAGGUUGCUGAGCCAUUCGUACCUCACAGAGGCGCCUCAUCCACCAUGCCGCAGAAGCGCAAUCCCAUUUCCAGCGAGGUCAUUCUAGCAGCCUCCAAAGUCCUACGCUCAAACGCUGGCCUUGUCCUUGAUGGCAUGGUAUCUGACUUUGAGCGCGCAUCAGGCCCAUGGCACCUGGAAUGGGUCGCCAUUCCUGAGAGUUUUGUCGCGGCGGUUGGUGCCCUCCAUCAGGCCGAGUUUACCCUAGCUGGACUUGAAGUGCACGAGGGUCAAAUGGCAACCAACCUAGCCAUGUCCAAGGGGUUGAUUGUAGGGGAGGCGGUCAUGAUGAGCUUGGCCAAGUACGUGGGCAGGCAAAAUGCCCACGACGUUGUGUAUGAAGCCUGUAAGAAGACGAUUGAGCGUGGCGGUGAGGCAACUUUGCUCGAGACGCUGAAGGAGGACAAGAGAGUGGUUGAUGCCAUCUCGAUAGAAGAGUUGGAAGCCUUGUGUGAUCCGGUGAACUACUUGGGUUCAUCCCAACGGAUGAUUGACGACACACUGGGGGCAUAUAGUAAAUAG